AUGGCGGCAGUGGCGGCAGCGUCGGCUGAAUUGCUCAUCAUCGGCUGGUACAUUUUCCGCGUGCUGCUGCAGGUGUUCCUGGAAUGCUGCAUUUACUGGGUAGGAUUCGCUUUUCGAAAUCCUCCAGGGACACAGCCCAUUGCGAGAAGUGUUCAGGUACUCCCUGCAGAAGCUGGCAUACACGGUGUCGAGAACCGGACGGCACGUGCUGGGAGAGCGCCGCCAGCGGGCCCCCAACUGAGGCCCCAGCCCCCGCCCCUGGGCGGCCGUGUCCCCAGGUGCCCCUGUGCCAUCCCACCCGCACGGGAGCCAGCGCCGCGCAGGAAUGGGGCGUCCCCUGUGCCCUCUCGCCAGAGGAGCACUUGCCAAGGUCAGUGA